AUGUCUCUACUUUGCGUUGGAGUCAAAAAAGCCAAGUUUGAUGGUGCCCAAGAGAAAUUCAACACAUAUGUGACCCUGAAGGUGCAGAAUGUCAAGAGCACGACCAUUGCCGUACGGGGCAGCCAGCCCAGCUGGGAGCAGGAUUUCAUGUUUGAAAUUAACCGCCUGGAUUUGGGGCUGACGGUGGAGGUAUGGAACAAGGGUCUCAUCUGGGACACGAUGGUGGGCACUGUGUGGAUCCCUCUGCGGACCAUCCGCCAGUCCAACGAAGAGGGCCCCGGAGAGUGGCUGACCCUGGACUCUCAGGUCAUCAUGGCAGACAGUGAGAUCUGCGGCACUAAGGACCCCACCUUCCACCGAAUCCUCCUUGACACCCGCUUUGAACUGCCCUUAGACAUCCCUGAGGAGGAGGCACGCUACUGGGCCAAGAAGCUGGAGCAGCUGAAUGCUAUGCGGGACCAGGAUGAGUAUUCAUUCCAGGAUGAACAAGACAAGCCUCUUCCUGUCCCCAGCAACCAGUGUUGCAACUGGAAUUAUUUUGGCUGGGGUGAGCAGCAGAAUGAUGACCCUGACAGUGCAGUGGAUGACCGUGACAGUGACUAUCGCAGCGAGACGAGCAACAGCAUCCCGCCACCCUAUUACACUACGUCCCAGCCCAAUGCCUCGGUCCACCAAUAUUCUGUCCGACCACCGCCCCUGGGUUCCCGGGAAUCCUACAGUGACUCCGUGCACAGUUAUGAGGAGUUCUCUGAGCCGCGGGCCCUCAGCCCCACAGGCAGCAGCCGUUACGCCUCCUCAGGGGAGCUGAGUCAGGGCAGUUCGCAGCUGAGCGAGGACUUCGACCCGGAUGAACAGAGCCUACAGGGCUCUGAGCUGGAAGACGAGCGGGACCGGGACUCCUACCACUCCUGCCACAGCUCGGUCAGCUACCACAAGGAUUCGCCACGCUGGGACCAGGAUGAGGAUGAGCUGGAUGAGGAGCUGGACGAAGAGCUGGAUGAGGACCUGGAGGACUUCUUGGAGGAGGAGGAGGAGCUGCCUGAGGACGAGGAAGAGCUAGAGGAUGAGGAGGAGGUGCCGGAUGACAUCCGAGGCUACACUGAGCGUGAGCAGGUGGCCGUGGCCGAGCCCAGGGACUUCAAGCGUGUCAGCUUUCCACCCGCCACCCCCAGGAAGGAGGACAAGGCCCCAGCCGUGCCCACCGAGGUCCCCGACAUAGCCAAGGUGGCCCCUGAGUCAGCCGUCCCUGAGGAGGCACCUGCAGCUAAGCAAGAGCCUCAGCCUGAGCCCCCCAAGGCUGAGGAGAGUUUCAGGCCACGAGAAGAUGAGGAAGGCCAAGAGGGUCAGGACUCCAUGUCUAGGGCCAAGGCCAACUGGCUGCGAGCCUUCAACAAAGUGCGGCUGCAGCUGCAGGAGGCCCGGGGAGAAGGAGAGAUGUCCAAAUCCCUGUGGUUCAAAGGCGGCCCUGGCGGUGGUCUCAUCAUCAUCGACAGCAUGCCAGACAUCCGCAAGAGGAAGCCUAUCCCACUCGUGAGCGACCUGGCCAUGUCUCUGGUGCAGUCCAGAAAAGCAGGCAUCACCUCGGCCUUGGCAUCCAGCACUUUGAACAACGAAGAGCUGAAAAACCACGUUUACAAGAAGACCUUGCAAGCCUUAAUCUACCCCAUCUCGUGCACGACGCCGCACAACUUCGAGGUGUGGACGGCCACCACACCCACCUAUUGCUACGAGUGUGAGGGGCUAUUGUGGGGCAUCGCGCGGCAGGGUAUGCGCUGUACCGAGUGCGGUGUCAAGUGCCACGAGAAGUGCCAGGACCUGCUCAACGCAGACUGUCUGCAGCGGGCGGCGGAGAAGAGCUCCAAGCACGGGGCGGAGGACCGGACGCAGAACAUCAUCAUGGUGCUCAAGGACCGCAUGAAGAUCCGGGAGCGCAACAAGCCCGAGAUCUUCGAGCUCAUCCAGGAGAUCUUCGCGGUGACCAAGACCGCGCACACGCAGCAGAUGAAGGCCGUCAAGCAGAGCGUGCUGGAUGGAACGUCCAAGUGGUCGGCCAAGAUCAGCAUCACCGUGGUCUGUGCCCAGGGCUUGCAGGCAAAGGACAAGACAGGAUCCAGUGACCCCUAUGUCACCGUCCAGGUCGGGAAGACCAAGAAACGGACAAAAACCAUCUAUGGAAACCUGAACCCCGUGUGGGAGGAGAACUUCCACUUUGAAUGUCACAACUCCUCGGACCGAAUCAAGGUGCGUGUCUGGGAUGAGGACGAUGACAUCAAAUCUCGCGUGAAGCAGCGGUUCAAGAGGGAAUCCGAUGACUUCCUGGGGCAGACGAUCAUCGAGGUGCGGACACUCAGUGGCGAGAUGGACGUGUGGUACAACCUGGACAAGCGGACUGACAAAUCUGCUGUGUCGGGUGCCAUCCGGCUACACAUCAGUGUGGAGAUCAAAGGCGAGGAGAAGGUGGCCCCCUACCAUGUCCAGUAUACCUGUUUGCACGAGAACCUGUUCCACUUCGUGACAGAUGUGCAGAACAACGGGGUCGUGAAGAUCCCAGAUGCCAAGGGUGACGACGCCUGGAAGGUUUACUAUGAUGAGACAGCCCAGGAGAUCGUGGACGAGUUUGCCAUGCGCUAUGGCGUCGAGUCCAUCUACCAAGCCAUGACCCACUUUGCCUGCCUCUCCUCCAAGUACAUGUGUCCUGGGGUGCCUGCCGUCAUGAGCACCCUGCUUGCCAACAUCAACGCCUAUUACGCGCACACCACCGCCUCCACCAACGUGUCUGCCUCUGACCGCUUCGCAGCCUCCAACUUUGGGAAAGAACGCUUUGUGAAGCUCCUGGACCAGCUGCAUAACUCCUUGCGGAUUGACCUCUCCAUGUAUCGGAAUAACUUCCCAGCCAGCAGCCCAGAGAGACUCCAGGACCUCAAAUCCACGGUGGAUCUUCUCACCAGCAUCACCUUCUUUCGGAUGAAGGUGCAAGAACUCCAGAGCCCACCCCGAGCCAGCCAGGUGGUGAAGGACUGUGUGAAAGCCUGCCUCAACUCCACUUAUGAAUACAUCUUCAACAAUUGUCAUGAACUCUACAGUCGAGAGUACCAGACUGACCCGGCCAAGAAGGGGGAAGUUCCCCCAGAGGAACAGGGCCCCAGCAUCAAGAACCUCGACUUCUGGUCCAAGCUGAUCACUCUCAUAGUGUCCAUCAUUGAGGAAGACAAGAAUUCGUACACUCCUUGCCUCAACCAGUUUCCCCAGGAAUUGAACGUGGGUAAAAUCAGCGCUGAAGUGAUGUGGAAUCUGUUUGCCCAGGAUAUGAAGUAUGCAAUGGAGGAGCACGAUAAGCAUCGCCUAUGCAAGAGUGCUGAUUACAUGAACCUCCACUUCAAGGUCAAAUGGCUCUACAAUGAGUAUGUGGCAGAGCUUCCUGCCUUUAAGGACCGAGUGCCUGAGUAUCCUGCGUGGUUUGAGCCCUUCGUCAUCCAGUGGCUGGACGAGAAUGAGGAAGUGUCCCGGGAUUUCCUGCAUGGAGCCCUGGAGCGAGACAAGAAGGACGGGUUCCAACAGACUUCAGAGCAUGCCCUGUUCUCCUGCUCCGUGGUGGAUGUCUUCUCCCAGCUCAAUCAGAGCUUUGAGAUCAUCAAGAAACUUGAGUGUCCUGACCCCCAGAUCGUGGGGCACUACAUGAGACGCUUUGCCAAGACCAUCAGUAAUGUGCUCCUCCAGUAUGCGGACAUCAUCUCCAAGGACUUCGCCUCCUACUGCUCCAAGGAGAAGGAGAAAGUGCCCUGCAUCCUCAUGAACAACACUCAGCAGCUGCGAGUUCAGCUAGAGAAGAUGUUCGAAGCCAUGGGAGGAAAGGAGCUGGAUGCUGAGGCCAGUGACAUCUUGAAGGAGCUACAGGUGAAACUCAACAACGUCUUGGAUGAGCUCAGCCGGGUGUUUGCUACCAGCUUCCAGCCACACAUUGAAGAUUGUGUCAAGCAGAUGGGUGACAUCCUUAGCCAGGUGAAAGGCACAGGCAAUGUGCCAGCCAGUGCCUGCAGCAGCGUGGCCCAGGAUGCUGACAAUGUACUGCAACCCAUCAUGGACCUGCUGGACAGCAACCUGACUCUCUUUGCCAAAAUCUGUGAGAAGACGGUGCUGAAGCGGGUGCUGAAGGAGUUAUGGAAGCUGGUCAUGAACACCAUGGAGAAGACCAUCGUCCUGCCACCCCUCACUGACCAGACGAUGAUCGGCAACCUCUUGAGAAAACAUGGCAAGGGAUUAGAAAAGGGCAGGGUGAAAUUGCCAAGCCACUCAGAUGGAACCCAGAUGAUCUUCAAUGCAGCCAAGGAGCUGGGUCAGCUAUCUAAACUCAAGGACCACAUGGUACGAGAAGAAGCCAAGAGCUUGACCCCAAAGCAGUGUGCAGUUGUUGAGCUGGCCCUGGACACUAUCAAGCAAUACUUCCAUGCGGGUGGCGUGGGCCUCAAGAAAACCUUCCUGGAGAAGAGUCCAGACCUGCAGUCCCUGCGCUACGCCCUGUCCCUCUACACGCAGGCCACCGACCUGCUCAUCAAGACAUUCGUGCAGACGCAGUCGGCGCAGGGCUCAGGUGUGGAAGACCCUGUGGGUGAAGUCUCCGUCCAUGUAGAGCUCUUCACUCAUCCAGGAACUGGGGAACACAAGGUCACAGUGAAAGUGGUGGCUGCCAAUGACCUCAAGUGGCAGACUUCUGGCAUUUUCCGGCCAUUCAUCGAGGUCAACAUCAUCGGGCCCCAGCUCAGUGACAAGAAACGCAAGUUUGCGACCAAAUCCAAGAACAACAGCUGGGCCCCAAAGUACAAUGAGAGCUUCCAGUUCACGCUGAGCGCCGAAGCAGGCCCGGAGUGCUAUGAGCUGCAGGUGUGCGUCAAGGACUACUGCUUCGCGCGCGAGGACCGCACAGUGGGGCUGGCAGUGCUGCAGCUGCGCGAGCUGGUCCAGCGCGGGAGCGCCGCCUGCUGGCUGCCGCUUGGCCGCCGCAUCCACAUGGACGACACGGGCCUCACGGUGCUGCGCAUCCUGUCGCAACGCAGUAACGAUGAGGUGGCCAAGGAGUUCGUCAAGCUUAAGUCGGACACGCGCUCCGCUGAGGAGGGCGGUACCGCGCCUGCCCCCUAA